AUGCAGCAUUCGGCACUCCUCAUACUUUCGUUUCUGAGCAGCUGUGUCUUGUGUUGGCCUUAUGAUGCCCCUUUUGUGGAUUGGAAUCUAAAUCAGAACCAAAGCGCUCAAGGCCCUAUUGACUAUUGGGGAGCCUGGCCGGACCACGAAUAUCAUCCCUCGCCAGACAACUGGCGCUUUCCUAUCUAUACAAUAUUUUUGGAUCGGAUAUCCAAUGGAGAUCCCACAAACGAUGAUAUCAACGGUACCGAGUUCGAGCAUGUGGUCAACUCUAAUCAGAUGCGACACGGCGGCGAUUUGUAUGGGUUGCUAGAUACGCUGGACUAUAUACAUGGCAUGGGCUUCAAGGCUAUUUACUUCGCCGGGACAUAUUUGGAAAACCUACCUUGGGCCUACGAUGGCUACUCCCCGGCUGAUACCACUCUGCUCGACAAGCACUAUGGCACACUGGAGGACUGGAGAAAUAUUGUUACCGAGAUUCAUAAACGGGAUAUGUACGUUCUAGUGGACAAUACUCUCGCAACGUUGAGUAACCUGAUUGGGUUCAAAGGUCACCUCAACGGCUCGGCAGACUUCAAAGCAAGCGAAUAUACUGUCGAAUGGGUCACGGACAGACAAUAUGCCGAUUUUUCAUUCGGAAACACCUGGAACGACACAUGUGACUAUCCCAACUUUUGGUACGAAAACGGAUAUCCGUUGACAACCAUGGGAGUGCAAAAUUUGAACGGGUGCUAUAACAGCGACUUUGAUCAGUACGGAGAGCUAGAGGCAUUCGGUAAUUUCCCUGACUGGCAGCGACAACUCACAAAGUUUGCUUCAGUGCAGGAUCGCCUGCGUGAGUGGCACAAGCCCGUCCGCGAUGUAAUCACUCGGCAUUCCUGCUUGCAAAUUGCCAGUCUCGACAUUGAUGGGUUCCGCUUCGACAAGGCUGUACAAGCGACCCUCGAACCCCUCAGCGAGAUGAUGGCCGUCUAUCGUGAAUGUGCGAAGAAGCUCGGCAAGAACAACUUCUUCCUGCCCGGGGAGAUCACAUCCGGGAACACCUUUGGAAGUCUCUAUCUCGGCCGUGGUCGACAACCAAAUCAAUGGCCAGACUCUGCGGGUGCUGCUGUCAAGCUAACAAAUACAUCCGAGGGAGCUUUCUUGAGAGCUGAUGGGCUCCAGGCUCUUGAUUCCUCCGCCUUUCAUUACACCAUCUAUCGUUCUUUAACGCGUUUCCUAGGUAUGGACGGUAACUUAGUUGCUGGCUUUGACCUGCCAACCGAUUUCAUUGAAGCCUGGAAUGAAAUGCUCGUCACGAAUGACUUCCUCAAUGCAUUCACAGGAGAAUUGGAUCCGCGGCAUAUGUAUGGUGUUUCCAACCAAGAUAACUUCCGUUGGCCCGCAAUCAAGAACGGCACUUCAAAAUACCUCCUUGGCCUGAACGUCAUCACCUUGGUGCUACCUGGCAUUCCUCUCAUCUUAUGGGGUGAAGAAGUAGCUCUAUAUGUCUUCGAUGCUACAGCAUCGAACUAUCUCUAUGGUCGACAGCCCUUGUCAUCUCAAACUGCGUGGUGGACGAAUGGUUGCUUCAAUCUGAACACAACAAAGUUCUACGAUUUCCCGAUCGAGAAGGGGCGGGACGGCUGCAACGAUAUCACUGUCACAUAUGAUCAACGCAAUCCCGCCCAUCCCCUGCGGAACAUCAUGAAGCGAAUGUUUGAGAUUCGCGCUCAUUACCCGGUCGCAAAUGAUGGCUUGUUUCUCCAGACAAUUUCUCAACUUACGGAAGAUAUAUAUCUUCCUGGUUCUUCGACUACUCCCACAGUCACAGGGCUUUGGUCGGUCCUCCGAGCCUACUUCCCGGCGGUACAAACAGAUGCUAUUCUCUCGAAUGAAACCUUGUGGCUUGUUUAUCAAAAUGGUAACACGACAAAGACCUAUGGGGGGAGCUGUUCAAACAGUAGCGCUGCACUGUUAUCUCCCUUUACGUCGGGGAAGAGGUUGAAGAACCUUUUCUAUCCGUACGAUGAGCUUACAGUUGACGAAGGUCCCACCGAGACCUACGGAUGUAUUAAAGGGGGUAUGGAGCUGCUUCCAUGGGAAUACCGAGCUUAUGUUCAAACCGACAUGUUCGUAGAACCCGGCCCUACCGUCACUGAGUUUGUCCCUGGUCAUGAUUCCAGGUUACUGUCUGCAGCAGAUACGGGUGAGACCAUUCCGAUCCAGCUUGGAUAUUCUGUGGAAAUGGACUGUGACAUUGUUACGAGCGCGAUCACUUUGAACUCUACAACGGAGAAAGGCAUCGUCGCCUCCCUCGAUACUUCUAGUGUGAAGUGUACCAACGUCACAGCCAGGACCACAAGCAACAACUAUGUUGGGGAGAUUCCCACUGUUUGGACAUGGUCUGCAAACCUGACAAACAUCUACCAUGGAGUACAUCAAAUAACGGUCAAAAAUAUGUCCACCUCUGGCACAUCCGAAGUUUACACCAAUGCGACCGAUAGCUUUUUGAUCCGCGUUGGUGUUCAUACCAACCCCUUGAUCACCCCACUGGCCAAUUACUCUACAAAUCUCGUGCACAAAUCUGAUGAUAGAUACUAUAUCAAGCACAACGCCGCAGGUGCUGACACGUUUCGGUAUUCAGCUGACUUUGGGAGCACUUGGUCGAAAUGGACGACAUAUGAGGGCGGGACCACGAGUGUGAACAUUCCGAGUUUCACAGGGACAUCUGAGCAGGCGUGGAAGGGAACCCAUAUACGGGUGCAAUAUUUUUCCAGGCUGACCGGGAGCAGCGAUUACAUCCAGGAAGGUGAUUACGGUUGGAAAGAAGACUCUGUCAGGAGGUUCCCACACUUGUGGUUCAACGGCCCUUUCAACCAGUAUGGCUACGAUGCAGGAGUGGACAACCAGAUGCGGUUUAAUCCAAAGACUUUGCGGUGGAACUAUGACUUUGUCUAUGAGUGGCCCGCCGUGGGUCAACUGAAUGCAUGGGGUAUAGACCCGUCAGGUGUUCCUGACAAUACGGAAGUCUACGGCGACGUCGGAAACUCAUCUACGAUUCUAAAGCUUCCCCCGUCUUAUCUCUCGUCUAACGUGAUCAACAUCACCGAGUUGCCUCCAUUUCCACACCUUGGAUGGAAAAUCUCUCUUAAUGACGGCAAUCUACGGUAUGAAAAAAUUCCCAUCGGAUCUGGAUGGGCGCAACUCGCUCUCUUCGUUCUUCUAUGGGUCGGGCCUAUUGUGAUGGGCCUGGCUGGAGUGCUCAUCUUUAUUCAAUCGUUCUACCAAGUUAAGCUCAACAAAGACGGCAAUGUUAUCAAGGGUGAGACUAUACCUGUCUUGUUCUGGCGCAAAGUCAAAGCCAAAUUCCCGAAGCACAGUGACUUGGAGGACGCAAUCUCAGAAAAGGCUCUUCCAACAGGCAUUGCUGUAGGAGGGGUGGUCGACCAACAACGUCGUACGGUCUUGAUUGCCACCAUGGAGUACGACAUCCAAGACUGGAAACUGAAGGUGAAGAUCGGUGGCUUGGGAGUCAUGGCCCAGCUCAUGUCCCAAAACCUGAAACACCAGAAUCUCAUUUGGGUGGUGCCAUGUGUUGGAGACAUUGACUAUCCUAAAGACGAAUCGAGCCAACCGAUCCAACCAUUCGUGGUAACCAUUCUCGAUAGGCCAUACUUAGUCCAAGUUCAGUACCACAUCGUGGAGAACAUAACCUAUGUCCUGCUUGAUGCACCGGUUUUCCGACAACAGACCAAAGCGGAGCCUUAUCCACCCCGUAUGGACGAUCUUGACAGUGCAAUUUAUUAUUCGGCUUGGAAUCAGUGUAUCGCGGAAACAAUCAGGCGAACACCAUCUAUCGACUUUUACCACAUCAACGACUUCCACGGGUGUGUCGCGCCGCUAUACUUGCUGCCAACUCAAACCAUUCCAGUUUGUCUAUCCUUGCAUAAUGCCGAGUUUCAAGGACUUUGGCCAUUGAGAACACAGAAAGAGAAAGAAGAAGUCUGCUCCGUAUUCAAUCUUCCGAUUGACAUCGCGACCAAAUACUGUCAGUUUGGAAAUGUGUUCAAUCUUCUACACACGGGUGCUAGCUAUCUCCGAUUCCAUCAACGCGGUUUCGGUGCAGUGGGUGUGUCUCAGAAGUACGGAAAACGAUCAUGGGCCCGAUAUCCAAUUUUCUGGAGCCUUAGCAGCAUUGGUAGCCUUCCAAACCCAGACCCUUCAGAUACAGGUUCCGUGGACCAGGGGGCAGAAGUGCCGGUCAAUAUUCAGUCCGAUGCAGAACUCAUUCAUGAUAAAUUACAGGCACAGAGAUGGGCUGGUUUGGACGAGGACCCGAACGCAGACUUGCUGGUUUUUGUGGGACGAUGGUCCAAGCAGAAAGGAGUAGACUUGAUCGCGGAUGUUAUGCCGGGGAUCUUAUCUACUAGACCACUCGUGCAAUUGAUUGUCAUCGGUCCCCUCGUUGAUUUAUAUGGCAGACUGGCUGCGAUCAAGCUGCAGCGGAUAAUGGAGAUGUACCCAGGCCGCGUGUUCUCGAAGCCAGAGUUUACGAUUCUACCACCAUACGUAUUCUCUGGUGCUGACUUUGCCCUCAUCCCAUCACGAGACGAGCCAUUUGGACUUGUUGCCGUUGAAUUUGGUCGCAAGGGUGCUCUCGGCAUCGGUUCUCGCAUUGGAGGUUUGGGCCAAAUGCCCGGUUGGUGGUAUACUGUAGAAUCCGACUCGGCUCGCCAUCUCUUGCAUCAAUUGAGGACUGCCAUUGAGUCUGCCUUGGAGUCUUCCCCAGAGACCAGAGCAGAGAUGCGUGCAAACUCUGCCAAACAACGAUUCCCUGUGCUUGAAUGGGUUCAAAGGCUCGAGAAACUGCAACGAACUGCAAUCGAGAUUCAUCACAGCAAGAACAGAAACAGUGUCAUAAGUCACGCACAAGACGCUCAGACAGGUUCGGACUUACAGGACUUACAGACCUCAGGUUCCCGCCCUGUCUCUUUUCAGUCAACGUCUGGGGCUUUGGGGACGACACCAGAGGGAACCUCAGAGCCCAUUGAGCCUUCCCUCCUGGAGCUACAGGCAGUCGAGCUUGGAAACAUACAAGAGCCCGACAGCGCCAGGAACAGCGUUCUUGGUCGUAAAUUGUCGCUCGGUCGAAGAUCUGGACCUGGACAGGGCAGAAAGCGUCUCAUAAAGAGAGCUCUGCGAGACACUCGGGCAUUAGAGGGUGAUUAUACGGACACCGAGGAUGAUGGAGCCGAGACGCCACAGGAGGAGAACAUCUCUCCAGAAGAGGCAAUGGCAGCAAUUAAUCAAACUCUCAGAUCCCAGGAUUUCAACGCAUCAUCUCUCAACAGUAGAGAUUUUCAUGAUGACUCUACUAGCAAUUCACCACACUUUGUCUCCAGGGACGCUUCUCCAGUGAGGACACCCAUCCAUCAUGAUAGCAUUCUUGGUGACGCCACACCUAUUACUCACACACGUGCUCUGUCCACUCUUUCAUUGGUAUCUGUCUUUGAGGAUCACGACCAACCCGUCUUCAAUCUUCAAAAGGUCGACCCUACGUUCACUGACAGCAUGGGUUACUUCACGCGCAACUUUGAGAAAUUGCUCGCCAAUUUGAACAAGAAAAAUUCAAUCACAGAUCACUGUAUCGAAUUGUACUUGAUGAAGAGUGAGCGAAAGUUUUUCGACAUGUACACCAACGCGCAGUUGAAAAAACAACCCAAAGUUCUGGAGCGUCCUCUGACCAGACUUGCCUCGAGUCAAGCUGCGGAUGACACGGAGCAUGAUAGCACCUCUUCUGCAGCUGGAAAUUUCAAAUCAAAUGGAGCGGAUGACAUGGAUCAAUGGCUGUCCCGUCUGGGAUACAAGAGACCUAUCGCGAUACAAAGAUUCAUGAGAUGGCGUGUCGGAAAUUGGCCCGUAUACGCUCUAUUCUUGGGGCUAGGGCAGAUCAUUGCGACGAAUUCAGCGCAAAUAACACUUUUGGUCGGUCAAAUUGGCGAGACUGCGGUCAAACUCUACGUGAUUGCAGGAGUAUACUGUGUGUCAUCCAUUGUUUGGUGGUUUUUGUUCUAUCGCUUUCCAUCUGUGGUAGUCCUCACUCUCCCCUGGUUUAUCUACUCCAUCGCAUUUAUUAUCGUCGGCAUCUCACCUUUUGCGCCCUCGUCUAUCGGUCGAGCAUGGGCGCAGAACAUUGGGUCGGGUGUUUAUGCUGUCGCAUCUUCCAGUGGGUCGUUGUUCUUUGCCCUCAAUUUUGGUGAUCAGGGAGCCGUCCCAGUUAAGGAUUGGAUGUUCCGCGCAAGCCUGAUCCAAGGCAUUCAGCAGCUCUACACGGUUGCUCUGUGGUUUUGGAGCUCCCGUGUCACCGCGGUCGAAGUGGAAGGCAUUACCACAGCCGCCUUGAGUACAUGGAGACUCACGGCUGUUGUGAUGCCCAUUGCUGCAGUGUGUUUCACCAUCGGCGUGCUUCUUGCCCUAGGCCUACCCCAGUACUACCGUCAAGCACCAGGGAAGAUCCUCUUUUUCUAUACAUCACUCUUCCGUCGACGCGUCGUUCUCUGGUUCUUGUUCAUGGUGAUCAUCCAGAACUGGUUCCUCUCCGCCGUCUUUGGUCGCAAUUGGUCAUUCCUCUGGUCAUCCCAACACGCGAAGUCAUGGGAGGUCCUGAUCCUAGUCUUGUUCUUUUUUAUUGUUGUUUGGAUUGCUGCUCUUCUCGUCUUUCGUUUCUUAUCCAAGGAGCAUAGUUGGAUCUUGCCUGUCUUUGGUCUAAGUCUUGGUGCACCGCGCUGGGCACAGACCUGGUGGGGAGCAUCGAACAUUGGCUAUUAUCUCCCAUGGGCCGGGGGUCUGACAUCUGGGGCCCUCGUGUCGCGAUGCCUCUGGCUCUGGCUAGGAGUUCUCGAUGAAAUUCAGCAAGUCGGUUUGGGAAUGAUUCUUUUGCAGACAUUGACAAGAGUUCACGUCUGUUUCGUUCUGCUUGCCGCGCAGUCUCUUGGAUCCAUCGCCACGAUCUGUGCGCGUGCCUUUGCGCCCGACAACAUAGGUCCUUCCGGUGUUUUUCCGGAUGUUGGCUCGUCAUUGGAUAGAGUUGGUAAUGCUUGGUUUUGGAUUGCGCUUUUCUUUCAGCUUUUGGCUAGUUUUGGCUUCCUUCUUUUCUAUCGCCGAGAACAGCUGAACAGACCAUAA